CACACCUCCUUAUCAGUCCAAAAUAGCUUUCCGAUCUUUUUCAAUGGCGGAGACUGUAAAGCCCUCGACCGUAGCCAUGGAAAUAGAAGAAGUCGUCGAUGAGUUAGACCGAUGCGUGGUGCAGGAAGUUGAGUUAACUGUCCCAAAAACCGACGAUCCAACGUUACCGGUUCUCACUUUCAGAAUGUGGGUUUUAGGUCUUGGCGCUUGUAUCAUACUAUCGUUCGUAAACCAGUUUUUCUGGUACAGACGGAUGCCAUUGUCCAUAACCGGAAUCUCGGCUCAGAUCGCGGUCGUGCCGCUCGGUCAUCUUAUGGCUAGAGUGCUUCCAAAUAAGAAAUACUUGGAAGGAUCAAGGUGGGAGUUUAACAUGAAUCCUGGUCCUUUUAAUGUCAAGGAACAUGUUAUGAUCACGAUAUUUGCUAAUUCUGGAGCAGGAACGGUUUAUGCUACUCAUAUACUUAGUGCUAUUAAGCUUUACUAUAAGAGAUCUCUUCCGUUUCUACCGGCUUUUCUCAUUAUGAUCACUACUCAGUUUCUGGGAUUUGGGUGGGCUGGUUUAUUCCGUAAGCACCUUGUUGAGCCAGGUGAAAUGUGGUGGCCAAGCAACUUAGUUCAGGUGUCUCUAUUCAGUGCCUUGCACGAGAAGGAAAAGAAGAAAAAGGGUGGCAUGACCCGAAUCCAAUUCUUCCUCAUAGUCCUUGUGACUAGCUUCGCAUACUACAUUCUGCCAGGCUAUCUAUUCGCAAUGCUAACUUCCAUUUCAUGGGUCUGUUGGCUUAGGCCAAAAUCGGUUUUGGUUAACCAACUCGGUUCAGGUGAACAAGGUCUUGGUAUUGGCGCCAUUGGUAUUGAUUGGGCUACAAUUAGUUCUUACCUUGGUAGUCCACUCGCUAGCCCGAUCUUCGCUACCAUCAAUGUUACCAUUGGCUUUGUGCUGGUCGUGUACGUCGUCACUCCGAUUUGCUAUUGGCUUAAUAUUUAUAAUGCCAGAACAUAUCCCAUCUUCUCAAGUGGGCUUUUCGUGGGGAAUGGAUCGUCUUAUGAUGUUUUGAGCAUCAUUGAUAACAAGUUCCAUCUGGACCGAGCCAUCUAUGCAAAGACUGGUCCUAUCCAUAUGAGCACUUUCUUUGCGGUUACAUAUGGUCUUGGGUUUGCCACUUUGUCCGCAACUAUGGUCCAUGUCUUACUCUUCCAUGGGAAG